AUGCAAAAGGCAGUUGAGAAGAUAGUGUUGCUGCCUGAUUACACGUUACUUGAGACAAAGAUUGCAAAGGGGUUUCCCUAUAUGAAAGCCAGUGAGUGGAAGUCUUGGUGUCUUGUAUACUCUCCUGUUGUGCUUAAAGAUGUUUUGCCGCUGAACAAGUUUAGGAAUUGGAUACUUUUUGUCAAGGCAUGUCGAAUCUUAGUUAUGCCAAAUGUCUGCAAAAGUGACAUUUCCUCAGCCCACAAGUAUCUUGAGAAUUUUUGCAAAGAGUGUGAAACAUUGUACAGCUUGGAUCUAAUCUCUCCAAACAUGCAUCUACAUCUCCACCUGCAAGCCACCAUUCGCAACUUUGGACCUGUAUAUAGUUACUGGCUGUUCAGUUUUGAACGAUACAAUAGUAUCCUAAAAAACAUAAAGACCAAUAGGAAAACUGAAUUCGAGCUGACGUAUACAAGACAAUUCGUUGAGGAUGUUUAUAAACAAGAUAUAAUCAGCCAUAUUAUGGAAUCUACUGAUACUCACACAUAUAUGGAUAUCUUUCAAAAAAAUCACAAAACAUCAACAAAAAGCAGCAUCAACAAUAACCCCAUACUCUCAAUUCUCUUUUUCACUCGCCAACUUUAUUACUGCUAUGCUGGAUGCAACAAACCUCUCCCACUAACUGCAUUUCCUUUGGCAAAGAAACUAUUGUCACUGAUGCCAACGCCUGAAUACAGCUGCCUCGUUGACUACUAUCAGGUUGCAUACAAUGAUGGGAUGAUCUCCAGUUGCAAAAAUGGCAUGACGAGUUUGUCAUUUGUAAAUGAUCGUAUUGAGAUAUUGAAGUCUAUUAACAUACUAGGGCAAGUUUAUAAGGAAUGUAAUGGCAAUGGACGUGGUUCCUACAUCCAAGCUUUGUUUGAAGAAAAUUGCACGAAUGCCCAUUAUGGUUAUGUUGGAGAGAUUCAGUACAUUUUUGUACACUCAUUCACACCCACAAACUCUCUCACAGCACCCAGUAACCAGAAUCAUGAACAUAUCUUUGCCUUUGUUAGAUGGUUUAAAACAACAUCAGACACACACAGACAACCCAAAGGUAUUGAAAUCUAUCAUGCCAACUUCUAUAAAUUGGAUUUCCAAAUAUCAUUUUUACUUUCAGUCUUGUUGGGUAUAAAUCAAGAAGGCAGUGACAAAAUCAGCCGACGUGGUACAGUAACAUUUUUUUCUUCUCUCAAAAAUCUGGGCAUUCUUGGCUUUGCAUUCCCUUUUGCUUUAUGA